AACAGAAAUUGUCAUUUCUGGCGAUAAAUUGAAAAAGGACUUCUUACAUAGGUGGCAUCUUCUAUAUGCCAUGAAUCUUACUUGCUCCCGUAUAUACGUAUAUAAUACUGCGACAAUCGAUAAAUAACCUACCGCGCUGAACGACCACUACCGACUGUCAAUAGUCCGCCGCUGAUCAACAAUAUUUCAGUGUCCUGCUGCCCAGCUCACUCCUUUGCUGCCUUCAUUGUUAAAAUAAGAGAUAUAGUGCCAUAACCUUUUUGUUGUUGUCAACGAUUACCACGCCGUUCCCAUGAGAGGCACUCGUCUUGACCUGCAACCUCUCACUCCAGAGGACAUCCCAGAUCCGGAAACUCCCGAGUUUCAACUGUUCCUCAAUAAUCACUUUGCGUUGGGAGUGAAGCUGAUUGAGACCAUGUCCGACUGGAAUCGGCACUCCUCGAAACAUGACUCCACUGUACAGAUCUUAAACCUUCCAUCCUCUUCUUCGUUUAAGCAUAUCCGAGAAACUCUAGGUGUGAAGGAAUUUUGGUGUGGGAGGGAAUCUCGACAUACUGAAGAAUCAUUGCGAAAUAUCCCGCAUCACCCUCCUAGUCAUGUGGCGCCUCAAACUGAUAGCACGACCAGACGAGACUCUUUCAAUCCUAUAGGUCUUGUUCGAAGCUUGAGUCACAGGUUCUCUCGACAAUCUGGAGAGUCGCACAUUGGGCAGACAACUGGAAAUCCAGAUGGGGAACAGCAGGAUGGAAAUGUACCUGAAGAGACUAGGCAGGCUCAAGUGAUGUCCUGUACACCUGAUGGACUGUACGAGAGAUUCAGGAGAGGUUUGUUAGAAUACCAUAGUCAAAAUGAGCGCGAAUAUAUCGAAGCUUGCCGAGAGACCGAGUGUCUACAUGUUUACAAGAAACAUGUAGCGGAAGUAUGGCGUUUGACUUACAAAACUCCGCCUCCGACAAAUCCUCGAACCUUUGUAGUCCUCCUACUUUCUAGAGAGCUGAUAAGCGAACCUCACGGCGAGCGCGCAUUUAUGAACAUUUCGCUUCCAUUCUCACAUCCCGGAUGCAUGGAGAAGAAAGGGAACGAGUCUAAAAGAGUGAGAGGCAGAUACGUUAGUGUUGAGAGAGUCCAGGAGAUGGACAAGGGUAGACAGGUGGAAUGGAGAAUGGCAACGAGCAGCGAUGCCGGAGGCAAUAUUCCUCGCUUUGUGACGAACUCCUCUCUGCCUAACAGUAUUGCGGAAGAUGUGCCGAGCUUUUUGUCAUGGAUGGUGAAUCGCUUCCCUGAAGGCGGUGAAGUGGCAUCUGAACACGUCGAUGCAACAUAAAUGAUAAUCCGUUAGAAGAAGUUGCUGCUGUUCCCUCAGCUGAAAAUGCAUAGUUAUGA